AUGUACCAUCCAAGUUUAAUAUCAUUGAUCUCAAAAAAACAACUGUUUGGUAAUGGAAAAUUUAUAUUUAAUGCUAUCGGAUACAUUCCUUCAUAUUAUUCACCAUACUCAACAAACAAAUCUAAUUAUAAUUAUUCACCACUAUUAAAACCAAUAAAACCCAAUGAUAAUUUUAUUUCGAGUACAUGCUUUAAUGAAAAAGGUAUUAUUACUUCUGUGUCAAAGAAAUUUCCAAAAUGGUCUUUUUUAAGAGAUUUUGAUUUAUAUCCAAGAGAUUUAAGAAAGAUAGAUUCUUCAUCUGUUGAUAUUAUACCAUCGAUAUUAGUUAAGAAAAAAUGCAUAAUUAUAAAUAUUCUUUAUAUUAAGGUACUGAUUGCAAAGGAUAAACUUUACAUUUUUGAUACUUCCACAGCAAAAGAUGUUUCCAAAUUAGGGGUAUUAAUGUACGACUUAGAGUCCAAAUUAUCACAAAAACAUUCCCAACCAUCUUCUGUAGCGAAAAAUAUAACGCCAGAUACUACAACACUAAGCUCAGACCCUAAUACGAAUCAAGAUAAAUGCGCAAUAGAAAACACAUCUUUUAAUUUAAAUGGUAAUUUAAAUUCAACUUACAACUUCAACAAUUCUUUGUCAAAUCACCAGUCAUAUGAACAUAAAGCUCUAGAAAGUAUAUUAAUCAAUGUAAUGGGGUCAUUGGAAACAGAGUUAAAAAUGCAUUCGACCGUUUCUAAGCAAUUAUUACUAGGCCUAGAAAAUGAAGUCAAUAGAGAUAAAUUAAGAGACCUUUUGAUUAAAUCAAAGGACUUGAGUUUAUUCUAUCAAAAAUCGUUAUUGAUUAGAGACGUUCUUGAUGAAUUAUUAGAAAAUGAUGAAGAUAUGGCAGGGAUGUAUUUGACUAAUCCUAUAAAGCCUAACCAGGAUAUUGCCGAUUUUGAUUUUGCUGAUUUAGAAAUGUUACUAGAAACAUAUUAUACACAAUGUGAUGAAUACGUCCAACAAGCUGAAUCAUUAAUUCAAGAUAUUAAAUCAACAGAGGAAAUUGUAAAUAUUAUCCUAGACGCCAAUAGAAAUUCUCUAAUGUUGUUGGAACUGAAAAUUACUAUUUAUACCUUGGGGUUUAGUGUUGCAACUUUAUUACCUGCCUUCUAUGGUAUGAACCUUAAAAAUUUCAUUGAAGAAAGUAAUUUUGGCUUCUCUGGUAUAGUUAGCAUUUCAAUAAUAAUGGGUAUCUAUGUCACAAGAAAGAAUUUUGCUGCUCUACGAUCAACAACGAGAUUGACUAUGUUAAAUAAUCAUAUGGGGAACUUAUCUCCAAAACAUACUUCUAUAGCUAAUGAAAACACUCAAAAAUAUGUACCAACUUUAUGGCUAAAUUGCACCAAAGCUUGGGAACGAUUUUGGUGGGGACGUUCUUUAAGGAAACGUGAACGUGUCUUAAAGACAAGAGAAAACCGUGAAAAAAUUUGGAAAUGGUUAUUAGAGAAAGAUCCCAAAUAA